AUGCUUCAAAACAAAAAGAUCUCUUCGGAAGAGGGUUUAAAGGUGUAUUUGAACGUUUAUGAUCUUCAAAAACAACAAGGGUUUUUCUCUGGUUUACAAAAUUCUGUUGGUUUGGGAACCUACCAUUCCGGUGUAGAGAUUAGAAAUACGGAAUACAUGUUCUCUUCUGAAGAGUAUACAACGAUUUUGGAAUUGAAUAAUAUUAUUAAUCAAUUGAAAACAAGCUUCAAACCAUCAGAAUAUCAUCCUCUAAGGAAAAAUUGUAAUCAUUUUUCAAAUGAAUUAUGUAAAAUACUGGUUGGUGCCAACAUUCCUUCUUGGGUAAAUAGAACUUCCAGUGUUGGUAGCUUUUUCAGCAAUUUCUUACCAAAGAAAACCGAGCAAAGUUUAAUUGACCAAGCACAGGUUAAACAAUUUUUUGAUAAUUCUAAUAUUGAAAAACAUGAAAAUCAAAAUAUCUUUACCAGUGUGAAUAACAUUGUAAAUAUGAAAUCAAUUGAAUGUUUAAAUCAAAAGAAACCAAAUAUUGUACAAAAUAUAUUCGAAUUGAGUGAUAGAAAAUUUUUAGAAUCUGAUGUUGAUGAGCAACUUAUCAUUCGAAUUCCAUUCAUUAGUAAUGUAGAUAUAACCUGCUUGAUAAUCAAAUGCCUUGACAGGUUGAAAUGCCCAAGAGAAAUUUUAGUCUUUACAAACAAGAAUGGCGUUUCAAUAGAUUUUGAUAACGUUGAUUCCAAUGAACCUACGCAAGUGAUUGAAAUGGAUCCAGAACAAUGUGUUAAGGAAGUUGCCAUUCCUCUAAAAAUUGCCAAAUUUAAGAAUAUAAGUGUGCUAACACUAUUUGUCACAAAUAACUUUGGUGCUAAUACUACACAAAUCAAUAAUUUAAAUAUCAUUGGAAGGAGUGGAAUGUCUGUUGAUUUAACCAAGCUCAGUAAUAAUUGUCCAUCUUGUACUGGAGGUAGCUGUCAAUAAUAAUAUAUUCGUUAUAUUUGUCUGAAACAACUCUUGAUAGAGUUGAUAGUAAAUAAAUUAGAAUGAUCAAUUAUAUUAAUAAAUUAAAUU